AUGCAACUCUUGGCACCGGCGUCGAACCGCUGCGCCACCCCAGUCACCAGUGGGGCACGAGACAAUCUUCGUCGAGAUGGGUUUGGAGAUAAUCCUGUGUUCGAGAGCAUCGUCCUAGAAGACAGGGAGGCUGAUGAGGAAUCGUCUAUCUUGGGCUACGCCCUCUUUUUCAUGGGCUUCUGCUCCUGGAAGGGGCGACUCCUCUAUCUUGAAGAUUUUUAUAUCAAUUCUGAAUACAGAGGUACUGGUCUCGGUAUAACUCUGUUACACGCCGUAGCGCAGUGUAUCCAGGGUACUGUCGUUGAAUGGAACCCGGAUGUCAUGAAGCUCUACAAACGGAUCGGUUCUAGGGAUAUGACGGAGAAUGAGAAAUGUCAUCUAGUGGCCAUUGGCCAGGCCGAUGUCCAACGAUUCGCCCAGACCGAGCUGCCAAUGUUCAACGAUGGAUCACAAAUCGUGUCAUGUGAGCUUUAUCUGUGA